AUCCUGGAGAAGGAGGAUGACGGAGAGCUGUAUGGAGUUCUCAGCUUGUAUGUUAUAGAGAAUGAAAUGACUGAGAUCAAGCAGCUGAUUGACAAGCUCAACAGCACCACCCAGCAACACCAGAUCCUCACUGCUAACGCCACUGAACAGCUGGAGAACUUUAAAGCAGAGAUGCAAGAGCUGGAGAAGUUCGACACCAUGCAGGUGAUAAAGGGACAAAAAGUCAACUCUGCUCUGAAGGCAGAUCUAUUCAAGUGCAACAAAAAAAUGAACACUACCGUCACACCCACCGAGCCCCCACAGGGUACCUGUCAACGCAGCCGGCUUCUGAAUGUCACUGGACCAAGGGUCUACACAGCAGGAGAAUAUCCUGGCUCGCACGCUUACGGAGCCUGGGGCCGUGAUCCCAGACCAGAGGAAGGCAAAGAGAGCUGGUACUGGCUGGUGAUGAUGACUUCGAGUAACAGAUACUCCAACUAUGUUCGUUUUUACAGCAGUCUGAGUUCUCUCAUCAUUGGAGUGAGCGUCCCAGGUAACGUCCAGAUCCACUCCUCAAACCCAACUACCAACACCAUCCAGGGUCCAAAUAAUGUUCUGUAUGGAGGGGCUUUGUACUACAACUGUUACAACCAAGAUUAUGUUUGUCGAUUUAAUCUCACCACU